AUGGCAAACCACGAUGAGAUCAGUGCAAUGGCAAGCUCAAAUUUAUUGCCGUCAGACUCAAGUAGCUCUGCUCCAGGCAUGAAAUUGGAGAAAAAUGCUGGCCUCAUCAUGGCCACCAACAACAGCAGCAUUGUUUCCAAAAGAAGUGUGGAAAGGCUGUAUUAUCCAAAGCCGCACUUUUUCCAAUACUUCGUUCGCAAGCCUCAGAGAAGGUCGCCAACAAUCAAUAGAGGAUAUUGGCUACGCAUGCAAGCAAUUGACAGCGUUGUGAAAGCGUUUCUGCAACGGCAAUCUACGCAGCGGAAAGUGGUCAUCAACUUGGGUUGUGGCUAUGAUCCACUGCCAUUUCAAUGGCUUGCUCGAGAGCCAGGUCUUUGUCGCAAUGUGCUAUUUGUGGACGUGGAUUAUAUGGAGCUCAUGAUCACGAAAACAAACAUAAUCAAGGAGACUUCUGUUCUCGUGGAUCUCGUUAAGCCAAAUCACGGUUCGAUGCAAAAUUUCGUGAUGGAUAGCGAACAGUACUAUGCCGUUGGCUGUGAUCUGAGAGACCUUCAGAGUCUGGACCUUGCCAUCAGGUCUCUUGACGUAACAUUUGGCCUUCUGGAGCAGUGUCUGCCUGACGGCCCGGAUCAUCCAUUUGCCAAAACAAUGCUGGGGCACUUCCAAAAGCUGCAUACUCCACUACGAUCAGUCCACAAAUACCCUGAUUCGCACACGCAAACUCAGCGAUUCCAUGAUGCUGGAUGGGACCGUGUGGAUUUGGUCAAUCUUUGGGAGUUAUGGAGCGAUCAAUCCUUCCUAGCACCUUCUCAGCGCCUUCAGCUUGAUAGCAUCGAACCGUUUGACGAAUGGGAAGAGUUUGCUCUUUUCGCGGCGCAUUAUUUCUUGUUGACAGCCCGUACGAAGCGGGUACUACAGGAAAAGCCGGGUGGUGCUGAUGAGGAAGCAAGAUCUAACGUCUCCACCAGAACAGCAUCUGCUUCAGAUCAACCAAGAGGCACUUAUGGUUUAGAAUUCGUCGAAAAUCCGAAAUUGAAAGGUCGUCGUCGGAGUGGUGCGCUUUUGAGACUUCCUGUCGGACCUGGCUAUACUAAUACAGCUUGGGUACACCAUGGAGGAAUGAUAUCUACAGGUCGAACGUCUUCUUCAGACGUUUACGGGUUACCGAAAACUCGAGUGGACCGUGCACAUCUCCCUCCGCAGAGAAUUUCUGCAAGACAGUGUCAUACGAUCACAAGGUUAAUCAACGGCUACUCAAUUUUGAUAGGGGGGCGAACAUCCCCAUCAGCUGCAAUGCAAGACUGUUACCUGCAAACGGAAACAGGGUGGGAUUCGGUACAGGAUUUACCAACUCCACGAUUUCGGCACAGCGCCACGGCAGUCAUGCUUCCAAAUUCGAUCCCUGGACUUCUCGUCUUUGGGGGCAAGAGUGCUUCCAAUCAAGUUGAGCAUGAUGUACUUCUAUGGGAUCGAGCAACGGGGUGGAGAACGCUUCCGGUUUUCGGGAGUCGCCCGCAGCCAAGAUUUGGCACCAUAUGUGUCGCCCUCGGCGAUGACUUUGGUGUCAUUUCUGGUGGCAUGCGGGCUGACGGUGUGGUACUUCAAGAUUCAUGGAGAUGGACAUUCGUCUAUAGAGAUAGAAGCGUGCUCGCCAUUGCCUUCGCGCCCUGUUCUUUGAAGAUUGAUCCUGGUGCUAAGUUGUUCUUCGGGAGAUUCGGUGCAUCUUACAGUCUUGCUCCAGGUCAGCUGUUAUUGAUUGGAGGCAUUGCAUCAUCGGGUUGUAUCCAAAAUGCUUACGAGGUCCUGUCGCUGGAUGUAAGCAAUUUCACUGGCGCAGAUGCAAGGAACGAGCUCGAGUUGCAUGUAUCUAAGGUUGAUGUGCGACGAGGGUCCAACGAUCCAAAACCCAUGCUGGUUGGCAACUCCGUGGUUGACCGUGCCGGUACGGAGGUUCUUAUUGUAGGUGGUGGUGCUGUCUGUUUUUCGUUCGGAACCUACUGGAACCCGGGUUUCUACAUCCUGUAUGAAUCGACGGCGCCAGCUUGCCUUGACUGGGCCUUGGUGGAUUGUAGCACAGAUCCCCCUUUGCAGAACAGUUUGUCUCAUGUUAAGAGUCAGCAAGACCAGCAGACCGCUGUUGAAAGAAUACCUAGCGGAACAGUGGCAGAUUUCCUUGGGCUUGUCAAGCAGUCGCAGCCCAGAAUCCUUGAGGGUUUGGAUUUUGGACCUUGCAGGACACUUUGGACAAAGGAGUACCUCUCAAGGAAAGUUGGUACUGACAGACAAGUGGUAGUUCACGAAGCAGAUGGCAGAAGCAUGAAUUUUCAACGAAAAGAUUUCACAUACGUGACUAAAUCAUUUGGCGUCUUCCUGGACGAAGCCUACAAUGGCGGGCAUCAAUAUCUUCGGUCGAUAUCGGCUUCUGAUCCAAGCAAAAAGGUUGCUAACCUGGACCUGGACUUCCCAGAGAUAGCGCAAGAUUUUGGAUUACCUCCAGAACUGCGAUUAGCGGCGGAUACCUAUCAUAGUUCACCUUUACGGAUCACCGGCGACGUGGCCAUGUGGUUGCACGUGGAUAUCAUGGCUAAUAUGCUAUGUCAGAUACAGGGUUCAAAGCGACUGAUACUAUUUCCUCCCGCGGAUAUGGUGCAGCUUGACUUUCCGCCGGGGUCAACAACGUCAAAUCUCGAAAUAUUCAAGGACGGCGAUCCGAAUGACAUCGUUCCUAUCGCUGGCACACACCCACAUGAAGUCAUACUGCGACCUGGAGAUGUGCUUUUCAUUCCUCCACUGUGGGCCCACACAGCAGCACCUCUGCAAAAAGUGUCGAUCGCGGUCAACGUUUUCUUCCGUAAUCUGACCAAAGGUUACGCAGCUGGUAAAGACGUGUACGGCAACCGUGAUCUUGAAGCAUAUGAGAAUGGCAGACGAGAUGUGGAGAAGAUUACAAGAGCAUUCGACGGCAUUCCACCGGAUCUGGCCCAUGCCUACCUGCUUCGGCUCGCCCACGAGUUGCAAUCCAAAGCUGAGAGGUAUGCUCCGAGUCGGGUGUAG